CAACAUUUCUCACACUGGCGUCUCGUGCAUGACAGUCAUGUAGUCGCGUGGUGCUGAUGUGAGGAACUCCGAUUUUACGCUGUUUGCACGAGCUUUACAGAGCCACGCCGGGUGGAUAUGAUUUUCGCCGACGACGUGGGAGACGUUUAACCUUUACGUCCACCAAAGCGUCGGCGCAUUCAUAUUUUAAAACAUGCGCGAAUGUCUGUGGAGAUAGCAGAAUCGCUGUGUUGCAAGCGGGAAUGAGCUCGUAGAGGGAGGAGCGCUUCGCUCGGCUCGCCGUGAAGGGAGAUGAUGAUGAUGAUGGUGGCAGAGGGAUCUGGAGGAUGCGGCAGACGCGAAUUUCGCCUGUUUUCUGAAAGGUUAAUGGCAACUGGUGGAUGUUAAAGCGAAGGGCGCCGAGGUUCAAGCAGCUGAAAUCGGAAUAUGCAUGUGGCGAGCACUGUGAUCAGCGUGCAUCGAAAUGCAUUGAGUUCCAAGUAAAACUAGGUGGAUAAUGUCAGAGCGGAAAAGGCCGACAGUCAUGGACCAGAGAGGUCAAGGUGUGUGAAGAAUCUAGACAGGGAUGCAAUUAGGAAAAUUAGAGGAUGCAUUUUAAAAUACAUGGACAUGUUUAAUGUGCAUUUUAAUGGCACUAAAUAUUAAUAGUGCACCUCAAUCCUGAAUUCAAAAAAAAAAAAAAAAUCAAAGCAGUUUCUAAUUUGACUUAGACUUCAUAGUACACCGAGCAAUAUGAUGUGCGAAGUGAUGCCAACCAUAAAUGAGGGGGACUCGGUGAGUUCCCAGAGAGGCUCUCAAAACGGCACGGAUGCCGAGUCUAAUUUUGAACAGCUGAUGGUGAAUAUGUUAGAUGAGAGAGAUAAGCUGCUGGAGUCUUUACGGGAGACACAGGAGACCCUCAUCCAGUCGCAGACCAAACUCCAGGAUGUGCUUCACGAGAGAGAUGUGCUUCAGAGACAGCUCAACUCCGCGUUACCGCAGGAGUUUGCUACCCUGACUAAGGAGCUGAAUUUGUGUCGAGAGCAGCUUCUAGAAAAAGAGGAGGAGAUAUCUGAGCUUAAAGCAGAGAGGAAUAAUACCAGGCUUCUUUUGGAGCACUUGGAGUGUCUGGUGUCUCGUCACGAGCGUUCGCUGAGGAUGACUGUGGUGAAGAGGCAGGCUCCUCCGCCAUCCGGGGUGUCUAGUGAGGUAGAAGUGCUCAAAGCUUUGAAAUCCCUCUUUGAGCAUCAUAAGGCCCUGGAUGAAAAAGUGCGUGAAAGGUUACGGGUGGCUCUUGAAAGGGUGACUACAUUAGAAGGACAGCUGGCAACCGCCAGUCAGGAGGUGGUCAUGUUGAGGCAGAGAAAGGAUGGACGAGCAGAUGGGGAUGCUGUGGACAGGAUGGACAGCUCUAAACCUACUUGGAAGAGGCUUCCCAAUGGCUCCAUUGAUGUGCAUGACGACACCAGCAGGUGUCUGGAGCUGCAGGAACUGCUGGAUAAGGCCAAUAAGGAGCUGGCCCAAAACAGAGACCGAAUCAGUGGCCUGACCAAUCGCAUGUCCGAGCUUGAGACGGAGCUGGCUACCGCCCGCAAAGACCUACUGAAGAGCGAAGAGAUGAGCGCCAAACACCAGAGGGACAUACGCGAGGCGAUGGCACAGAAGGAGGACAUGGAGGAGCGAAUCACAACGUUAGAAAAGCGUUACCUGGCCGCCCAGAGAGAAACCACCUCUAUCCAUGACUUGAAUGACAAGCUAGAGAACGAGCUGGCCACCAAGGAUUCACUUUACCGUCAGAGUGAGGAGAAGGUACGACACCUCCAGGAAUUGCUGGAGUUGGCGGAACAGCGGCUACAGCAGACCAUGAGGAAGGCAGAGACUCUGCCUGAGGUGGAGGCUGAACUGGCCCAGAGAGUGGCCGCCCUCACCAAGGCGGAGGAGCGUCAUGGCAACAUCGAGGAGCGUUUGCGCCAACUGGAGGCCCAGCUGGAGGAGAAGAAUCAAGAGCUGGGCAGGGCUCGGCAGAGGGAGAAGAUGAAUGAGGAGCAUAACAAACGUCUGUCUGACACUGUGGACCGUCUCCUCACCGAGUCCAAUGAACGGCUUCAGCUGCACCUGAAGGAGCGCAUGGCUGCGCUGGAGGACAAGAAUGCACUCAUCCAUGAUCUGGAAAAUUCCCAAAAACAACUGGAGGAGUUCCAUCACACCAAGGAAAGGCUCAUUGGGGAGAUUGAAAAGUUACGGGCUGAACUCGAUCAUCUGAAGCGCAGAAGCGGGGCAUUUGGGGACGGAACACAUCCUAGGUCUCAUGUUGGCAGUGCCACAGACCUGCGGUUCUCAGUGGUGGAAGGACAGGGGGAUCAUUACUCCUCCACAGGGGUCAUACGACGGGCUCAGAAAGGUCGACUGGUGGCACUCAGGGAUGAGCCCACGAAGAUCCUGCCGAUGGUGGAGCAGGAUUGGGAUCGCUCUCAGCCUUCCAGCUUGCGGGCCAGCCGUACUCACCUCAUGGGAAGCGACACCGAGCUUUCUGAUUUGGACGAUGAAGACCGUGACACUAUAUUCAGCUCGGCCGAUAUGCUGUCCCCCAGCGGGCACUCAGACGCCCAGACGCUUGCCCUCAUGCUACAAGAACAGCUGGAUGCCAUCAACGAGGAGAUCAGAAUGAUCCAGGUGGAGAGGGAAUCAGCGGAGCUCCGGGCAGAUGAGAUUGAGAGUCGAGUGAACAGCGGCAGUAUGGAUGGCCUCAAUGUGACCCUGCGACCGCGUUCCUCCAUCCCCACCUCCGUCACUGCCCUCUCCCUGGCCAGUUCAUCGCCUCCCGUCAGCGGCCGAUCCACGCCAAAACUGACAUCCGGUUCAGCGGCCCACGAGUUGGGCAUCAUGACCCUGCCUAGUGAUUUAAGGAAACAUCGCAGGAGAGUGGCUUCCCCUGUGGAGGCCAGAGAGGACAAAGCCACCAUCAAGUGCGAGACGUCGCCCCCUUCCUCCCCCCGAAGUCUCAGACUAGACCAAAUGAACUUCGCUCAGCUAACAGGAAGCCUUGAGGAUGGCCGAGGGGGCAACAAAAAGAAGGGCAUAAAGUCCUCCAUCGGCCGUCUCUUUGGCAAGAAGGAGAAAGCGCGUUUAGAUCAGCCUCUGAGCAGGGACGGCCAGAUGACACCACCUGUCAUUCCAGAUUUCGAGAUGAGUAUUGGAGAUACCAUGACCUUGAGCAAACUGGGCACACAGGCAGAGCGAGACCGCAGGAUGAAGAAAAAGCAUGAGCUGCUGGAGGAUGCCAGGAGGAAAGGGCUUCCUUUUGCUCAGUGGGACGGCCCCACUGUGGUCUCCUGGCUCGAGCUGUGGGUGGGCAUGCCAGCUUGGUACGUGGCAGCGUGUCGUGCCAAUGUGAAGAGCGGCGCCAUCAUGUCGGCGCUGUCGGACACGGAGAUUCAGCGAGAGAUCGGCAUCAGUAACCCGCUGCAUCGGUUGAAACUGAGACUAGCCAUCCAAGAAAUGGUGUCACUGACGAGUCCGUCAGCUCCUCUCACCUCACGCACAUCUUCCGGAAAUGUGUGGGUGACUCACGAGGAGAUGGAAAACAUGGCAACCUCCACCAAAAUGGAGAAUGAGGAAGGAAGCUGGGCUCAGACGUUAGCAUAUGGUGACAUGAACCAUGAGUGGAUCGGGAACGAGUGGCUGCCCAGUCUCGGCCUGCCUCAGUACCGAAGCUACUUCAUGGAGUGCUUGGUGGACGCUCGUAUGCUGGACCACCUUACUAAGAAAGACCUGCGGACACAUCUCAAGAUGGUGGACAGCUUCCACCGGGCUAGUUUGCACUAUGGCAUCAUGUGCUUAAAACGGCUGAACUAUGACAGAAAGGAGUUGGAGCGAAGAAGAGAUGAUUUCCAACAUGACAUCAAAGAUACCCUGGUGUGGACCAAUGAUCAUGUGAUGCAGUGGGUUCAGAACAUUGGUCUGAAGGAAUACAGUAAUAACCUGCUGGAAAGCGGCGUGCACGGAGCUCUCAUUGCCUUAGAUGAGACAUUUGACUUCAGCAGCUUGGCCCUCAUUCUACAGAUCCCCAUGCAAAACACCCAGGCUAGGCAGAUUCUGGACAGGGAGUUCAAUAACCUCUUAGCAUUGGGAACGGACCGGCGCCUGGAAGAGUGUGAUGACAAGUCAUUCCGAAGGUCUCCAUCGUGGCGUAAGCGCUUCAGGCCGAGGGAUGGCCAGGGUCUGGGUAUGAUGCCUGGGUCCAUAGAGACUCUUCCCGCUGGCUUCCGGCUCAACACCAUGUCCAUUCCCCACUCCAUGGCUGCUGUGCCCAAGAAACAGCUGCAACCAGAAGCAGCCGGUCCCCCGGCCCCGCAGAGACUAGACCCCUCAGCUGUCAGGACUUACUCCUGCUAACUUGCUUUUACUAAUCACUGCACUCACACUAACAGACAUGACACGACUACAAGAAAUCAAUCAAAAAUCACAGCCAAUCAGAAGAGCGCACUGCACUCACAGCAAAAUGGAUAAGUACAUAAUCAAAUUCAUAAAUAUUACACCAUUUUAACAUUGUUAAAAAUACAUACUGAGUGACUGAUACAAUCUUUGUCAAGGAAUACACUUGUUUGAUUGCAUUAAGUUUAAACAGUUCUGUUUUCUUUAAUUUAUUUUCAAAAUCUGAGGUGAAUUAUCCAUCGUCACUUUCAGUAUGGCUAUAACGGUCAUGCAGAAUGAUAUUCAAACUCACAUUAAAUUCUUUUAACAUUAAAUAAAGCACAUAAUCGGUACCUGAGAUUAUCAUUGUCAUACUUUUUAUGCUGUUGUUCUAGCCACAGCGUCUCAGAAAAAUUAGAAACUGUUUCUAAAAUAGAAUCGUUGAAUAUCGCCGUUGAAGCUGGUUUGGAUAAAAACUAAACUAAAACAUUUUACUGCAUGACGCAGCGUUGCGUCACAUCUGGUUUGGUAAUGAUGCUCAGAUUUUUUGCGUGGCUUUUUUUUUUUUUUGUACAUGAAUGGUCAGUUUCUUUUCAAGUGCUUGAAUUCAAAACAUAAACAAAGCAAAGUAGCGUAAACUUCUAUAAAACAGAAUUGAAUAAAAGUUUAAAAUGAAAGUUCAUAUAAUCCUGUAAACACUCUAGGAACUGACAUUUAUAUAUGAAGUACUGAUUGCAAUGGAUUAUUGCCCUCCAUUAUUUUAUUUCAAUUUUCAUUGUCCUUUCAUUAUGUAUUCAGUGUCAUGGAUUAUAUGAACAUGUGAACUAAUGACCUUUUCUCUCUUUACAUGAUUUAAUCAAGUAUAUAUUUAAUUUGUGUGUUGGGGCAUUAAAAUGUGUCACAUUUUAUAAUUAUGAUUUUAUAAUUAUUAAAUUGUUGAAGUGUUGUUCUGGGUUUGAUUCGCUCAAGUUACGCUCAAUUGUCAGAAUUUGUAGCAUAAUGUUGAAAAACUAUUUCAAAGCAGAAUAAGGAUCCGUUUACACAGAACACUUUUUUUGCUUUUCUCUGCGCUGCAUUUCCAUUGUUUUUCUAUGUAAACAUGCUCUAGGCCCUGUUUACACCUGGUAUUAACAUGCUUUUGGUUGAUCGGAUCACAAGUGGACGACGCUAAAUACAGGUGGUGUAAAGCGUUUUGAGCUUGUCCACUUUCAACCGCUUCCAGAGGUAGUCGAAAACUCAUCCAACCAGAUUGCUUUCGUAGUGUAGACGUGGUUCAUGUGGUCGAACGCAUUCGAACAGCCACAAAAGGCUGCCUACUGUCUGCCUACUGACCACAUGUAAAUAUUAUUGGAAGCACACUAGCCAGAGGAUAUUUAAACUUUGUAGGCUGAAGACCCAAGUUUGGUUUGAAGACGAAAAAACAUACCAAGCACAAUGUUCUCUCACCACUCCUGAUUUCUAACAUGCACUCACAGCGUUCAGCGUCGUCUUGCGGCUGUCAGAGCAUAAACGAAAGCUGCUGCUCUCCGUAUGUUUUUCCGUUGUCUCCGGUCGUGCUAAUAUGCGCAAGCUUAUUUUCUCCAUUAGAUCAAAAGAUUUGAAAAAACCCAUACAUUUACCUGCCCAUAGACCCUCCCCUCGAAGAAAUCAGGACAGAAGUGGUUGAAAGUGGACAAAAGAGACAAAUUAAAACACCAGGUGUAAACGGGUACGUGUCUCCACCGUCUACUUGUGAUCCGAGCGACCAAAAUGCAUCUUAAUUCUAGGUGUAAACAGCGCCCUAGAUGGACAUGUUUGACAUGUUUGACUCAUAUCUUUUGCACCAUCUCGCGGAUAGCAAGCUGUUCUAAGAUGUGGCACUCAAAUUAAAAGACUUUUGAACUUUAAAAAAAGCAGAAUAACUUAUUGGUUAUUCACACAGAAUGCAUUUUUGCUCUCCACUGCGCUGCUUUACCAUUGUGUUUCUAUGUAAAUGUAGGCACAAUGACUACGCAUAUUGACAGUUUGACUGUUACCCUUGCAUCUUUUGUAGCAUCUGCCGCAUUGCACAUAAAAAUUUGUUUUAGAGCAUAAACAUGUUGUUUAACUUUUAAAAAAUGCAUCUCUAGAUUUUGCGUCAUUUUUACAUCUUACAUUUUUAAAUGCAAAAACAUGCUUUGUCUGAAUGGCCCCUAACACACUUAGGGCAGUUCAUCCACAAUAUAUUUUUGCAUUCCACUGUGCUGCUUUUCCAUUUUUUAUAUGUAAACAAACAGACAGACAUGUGACCUUUUAUUUUUAGUUGCGUCUUGCAUAUGAUACAGCAUUCUGAAAAAAAUGGUGUCCAACUUUUAUAUAAAAAAAAAAGGUUCUCUAGACCUUGCGUUUUUUUUUUUUUUUUUUUCACUUCCC